GUCAGCUCGGCAUUUGGUUCGCGUUUAGCGGUGGAAGCGGCGCACACCAGCGUCCUUGCUUCAGCGGCCAGACACUCGGGGCAGCGGAGCUUCGUCUCGCGGCCUCGUUUGCGGAGACUGGUUUUUCAAGUGGCGCCGGCAUUUGGAACGUCAAGUGUUUCUCCUUCAAGCCGUUGUCCAGACCUAGGCUGAACCAUGUGUCCCGUGGUUCUGCUGGCGCUGUUGUGUAGCCUUCUGCUGCUCUUGCUCGAGGUUGUGGCCGCGCUGUCCGUGGCCUUCAACCCAAUGCGCGUGGAGAAGUUGAAGCAGGGCAACCUGGCACGAGUCUCGUUUUCUGCACCCGCUUUGGAGCCGCGGUUCUUCAGCGUCGCCUCGGACAAUCCGUAUGUGGCAUCGGUGACCGAUCUAAACGUGACUGAAACGGGCGCUUUUGUCAACGGGACGUUUACCGUGAAGGCGAACUUUCUGGGUCACGCAAAGGUGCGCGUUGUGACCAAUGGCACCGAGUCGAACGAGUUUCUACCAGUCAGCGUAGUGCGGAAGCAGAGCAGACUCUCCUUGAUUUUUACGGUGUCCGUGGCCGUGCUAGUUUCAUUAAACUACAUCAACAUGGGCUGUGCUUUAGACAUGGAAGUUGUGAAAGACGUGCUGCGAAGACCUAUAGGACCGGUGGUAGGCUUCUUCAGCCAGUAUCUCGCCAUGCCUUUGGUGGCAUUUGGAAUGGCACAGUGGCUUUUUGAAGAAGCUUACCUGCAGCUUGGGCUUUUCACAUUUGGCUGUUCCCCUGGAGGAGGAGCUAGCAACAUGUGGACUGUUCUUCUUGGUGGAAACCUAAACUUAAGCAUUGCUAUGACCUUCAUCAGCACCAUAGCUUCAUUGGGCACAAUGCCCCUCUGGCUGUUCACACUUGGACGCAGCCUGUUCCAAGAGGCAUCGCUGCGCAUUCCUUUCCGCAACAUCUUCACCACAUUGGUGUCAAUGACACUGCCACUCGGUGUUGGCCUGGCCCUGCAGCGUUGGCGGCCCAAGGUUGCUGACGUGUGCAAGCGCCUGCUGGCCCCGGUGUCAGUGGCCAUGAUAGUGUACAUAGUCGUGUUUGGCACGUACGCCAACCUGUACAUGUUCCGGCUUAUGAGCUGGCGAGUACUGUUGGCUGCGGCAGCCAACGUUUGGGUAGGCUUUGCAGUGGGUGCCCUGGCCACUCGAUUUGCAGGCCUCCCAUGGGCUGAUGUGCUUGCAGUGUCCAUAGAGACUGGCGUCCAGAACACAGGCAUUGCCAUUGUGUUGCUGGGCUUCUCCCUGCCUCAGCCAGAGGCAGAUAUUGCAUCAGUGGUGCCUGUGGCGGCCUCUAUUGUGACUCCCAUCCCACUGCUGCUGCUGUUGAUGGGGCAGAAGGUGUACAGCCGCUGCUGUCGCCGGGCCGAUGCAGUGGCUGAUGCUAAAGGUGUGGCGGCCUUCGCUGAGGUAGGCGCUGCAGGCGAUGUGGAGGAGAAGCGGGCAUUGACUGCCUGCAACGGAGCAGUGGCCAACGGGACGCUCGGUGGCGGGAAGGCUGCUGAGGCCAGCUACGGUGACGAUCCUGAGCGGCUGUGAUGUGUUGUCGGUGUGACUUGGUGUCCCUCACUCCUGUGCACUUGCUGUGGCCUUGUUUUCGGGGUUGCUUGUCUUUCCUUUCUUUCCCUAUGAGCAUAUGCUUUGAACACUUGGGAAGAGAUUCAGUUGCUUACUACUGACAUUGUUGGCCUGCGCAUUAUUCUGACCAAUGCAGUGUGCCUCAAAAGCAAGCUGAAAUUAUGAGUCUUAAAUAGUGUCCUUUUUUUUGUUUGUGUGUUAUCAGUAAAUUCCAUCCAGAGACGAGAAGUGUUUGCUCAUUUUGUUUCAUUAUUUACAUGAGCAAAUGCUUGUGCAUUUAAUCUUCAUUCACAAUUAAUGUUACCCACUUAUUCAUUAAUUAAGCUUCACUAACAUGCUUGCUAUGCCAAAUAUACACAUUUACCUGAUGUAGUGAUAAGUUAGGAUAGUAAGAUCUGUUUACUUUCUAAAGCAAAAUAAUGUGAGCAAAAGGUGAAACUUAAAAGUGUUGUAAUUUUUUUUGAAACCAUUUGAUUUUCCUAUGUGCACACUGCCCAUCUGCAUACAGGAGGAUUGUGUGUUGCUUACUUUGUAAGCAGCCUAAUCUGACCUCUGCUUUUACUCCCCCUUGAGUGCAGUGGGCUCAGUGCACUUACACUUCAUGUCAUUAAAUAUGUACAACUCUUGACAUGUUCAGGGUAUCAUUAUUUUUGCAUAUGCUUUUUUUUCCAGUUUAAUGCAGGAAGUAUGCCGUUAUGGUAAACCUACAAAGCACAUCUUAUAUGUGUGCCAAACAUUCAUUAAAGUAAAGGAAUGGCCCGGUAGCUUGCAGAAUGCUAUGGUUAGUGUGUAGGAAUCUCACUUUCUUUUGAGCUCCUAUAUUUCUCUUUACAGAGGUCUAAGCCAGAACAGCUUGAUCUGUCCUUUGUAUUACAAGUGGUUGUAGUGCAUAUUUGUUUCGAGACUAUAAAGUAAAGUUAGUUUUGCCAUAUGACCUUUAUAAUAGAGCUGACGGCUUUGCAGAAUCUCGUUAUCAGUGGGAACCGUUUUAUUUCCUUUUGUGUACAAUUACAAACUGUUUGUAAAACCUCUCUCAGUACACUGUGAUAGCCUAUUUUGUUCAUAUUUGACUUCUGGCUCAAGUUCACUUUGUUAUUCAUGGUACAUGGGGUUUUGACACCAAAUUAAGUGUGUGCUGAUUAUUAUUAUUAUUAAUUUUUUAAAGGUGUGGUACUUAGUAGUGAUGGCCAACUUUUCGCGACGUGACAAGCCUUUACAGCAGUGCUUGAUAACUCGAGAAUGGUGUGGUGGGGUAUAACUUUGCAUCAUGGCUGCUUUUGCUUGCUGGCUUUUCUUGCAAUGUUUGACCUAACAGUGGCUAACAACUGUUGCUUGCCAUGCUCCGUUGCUUGUUUUGUCUCGUUUGUUCCAUUUUCAAUGUUUUUACUGUCUACCAAUGCCUGUGGCGAGAGUACUACUAGGCCAUUACAUUCUUUCAGACCACUUAAUAAGGACAUGAACGGACUGUUCUACAAUUAAAAUUGGUGUACAUCGGAAGUAACUGCUUGUUUAUAUAUUGACGCACAUACAUAUAGUCGCUAACUGAUUUUUCGGGCAUUUCCAUGCUGCCACCACCUUGAAACUAAUAUAUGAAGGUGGUUCAGCUUUCAUAUGUUACAUGGCAUCUCACGAUUGCCUUAGUUUUUUGGACAGGGUAUGUAUGUCCGAUAUCACAAAAGUAGGGGCCAUGAACAGUUGGUACCACCCAGGUUGCUGCCCGUAACCAUGCUUUCAUUGGUGAGUCUGUUUGAUGAUUCCCAAAUGCUAUAUUGCCAUUGCAAGUACAUCUACACAGAUUCGGCUCCGAGCCAUAGCUUCAGUCCUGCGACGCACACAAUGCAUGUCGGGCUGCGUGACAAGGGGACACAAAAUGUAGGUGUUCUGCGACAAGACACCUAGCGAACACUGACAACAAAAUUUAAAAGUAGGUGUUUUUUUCACUGAAGUGCAACACCAAACAAAAGUCUCUAAAGAAAUUUUUCAUGCUGCUGGCAUUGUUAGAAAGGACAGAACAUUUUUCCUCUGUUGAAGUUCAUUUUUUCUGGAUUGCUUGAUUGUUCAAACGUUUUUACACCCUCCUUUAAGGGGCAGCUCUGAAGGGGAAUGAUGGCGGCCAGCCGACCCCCCUUUAUUCUUUCUGCUUUCUCCUACUGCCAUGGAGGCAAGUAUGGAGUGCCCUUCUGCACCCCCUGCAGGAAAAUCCUGGUGCCACCUCUGUGCCGAAAAAUCAUUCACUGACUUUCUUUGUAUGUGAAAAAUAAAAAUAAACAAGGUCCAUCAUCAUGCAAGCUGUAUAGGAAUAGUCCAUCUAUAUGUGGUCCAAGGUUUAUAAACUGUAAAGCUAAGAGUUUUCUUUAAUGUGUGCCUCAUGCCACAGUGAAACAAUCAUUAAUAAUGACCAGCAGCACGAAGUGUAAAAGGUUGCAUAGCAUCUAUUUGACUGCAACAGUUGCAAAUAGUUCACUGUGUUGUUUCGAGUAAAAUCCACUCUGGUUGAUGUUCCAUGUGUUCAAGUCAUGAGUGCCUUAGCUUUUGCUCUUUCAAUGAAUGACAGAACAUGUACCGUGCACCACAAAAAUAUUGCCUCAUUAGGCAUGUUUCAAUUAUUGGUCCUGGACUGGGAUGGGAGCAUCACAAAAUUUUCUUUCUUCCAACCUAUCUUUCCUUUUUUUUUUAUCUUCAGGUGCGGUACGACAAGUUGGAUAGUCCGCUACUGUCUGACUGAUUUCAUGGAGCAGGAAACCAGAUGCGUGCCGAUUGCUGUCUGUCUUAUUCUACCGCUGCUUAGCGUGUUGCCUUAUUGCUCUGCUGACUGUUUUCUUUUCCUUUUGUUUUGUCCUUGUCUUUAGUGAAUUGUUAGUCUCUUUGAAUCAGUGAUUUUUUAAUUGUUUGUUUGUUUUUUAUUUGAUUCUAUUGUAUUAUUGAGGUAUUAACUCGGGAGUCUGCGACUGCUGCUCAUCAUCCUAGGCAAAUAUUAGUAUUUGCAUUGUUCAGACCAUUUUCCACUAGCACAGUUUGGUCUCCUUAGGGCCCUUGCUUUCUUUUUUUUAGCUGUUUUGUGCUUGGUGCUUCACUAACAGCUUUCUAACACCAUGCUUCUGCAUUGUACCAUCAAGGAUAAGCUUUCCAAUUUUUUUCAUCUGAUGGCCAGGCGGGUGACCAGAAUGCUGACCUUCUGCUCUUAGCAAUCUUCUCUUGCAAUGAUUUUAUUUCUUGUGGAAGGCAAGAUAUUUUAUCUUCCUCUGUUACUGGUGAAUUCAGACCGAUUGCUAAUGCAGUGGAAUUACAUGCGUGCGAAGCAUGUGGAAAAAGCUGAAUGACUGCUUUACUAACCAGUUUGUCUCUCUUUUUUUUCUUUUGUUUCGUUUGUCCAUUUUCUGUGUGUGUGGUCCUGUCCUUGUUGACUCUCCUAGGGACCAUCUCGUGACUUGGCCUCACUGCAUGUCCUAGCAGUCGAGAUUGCGGCUGGUCCUUGAGGAGUGGGCAGCCCUUUUACACCAUCCACUGCAUGGAAGAGGGAUGAGCUUGCCCGACUGCUGGAAUGUGAGCCAGUCAACUGGCCCAAUUUACCUUUUCGUAUAAAGUGUUUUGUAGGAUCUGUUAGCUUCUUACUGCUGGAAUAUUUGCUAAGCAUGCAUGUAAAAGGGGUUUUAUCGCUCCGUUCAUGUUGUGGUUAUUCGAGGUGGUAGUACUGGUAUCCUUUACACUGUGCCACACUUUGAACAAAUAGUGAACUUCAAGUGUUUGGAUUAAUCUGAGCUUUCCAUGAUUAUUUGCAGGUCAUGCUAUGAACAUUUUUCAUUGCCUUGCGUCAUUCGUGUUCAAAGCAUUGCUCUUCCAUUUGUCGGAAUUAUGGUGAUAAGUGAAUAUCAAGGGCCAUCACGCAGAUUUUACUUCUAUAAGCACUGUUCCUGCAGCUUCUGUUUGUAGUUGCUUGCACACUUCAGAAGUGGCAUUUGUUAAAGCUGUAGUUUGAAGAAUUUUGUCUCUCUGUCCAUUACUGUUAUUUAGAAAAAAGAAAAGCAUUUCAAAGGUGUUCUCAUUCAUGCAACCAUUUCAUGAACCUAGCAUUCUGCAGCUGGAAGUGCUUUCAUUGUUGGAUGUGGCAUCAUUUCCUUUGGUGAGCUAAGCCACAAGGAAUCCACAACUGUGAUUGGUACUUAAACAUUUGGCUGGUGAUUUUUUUGAAGUGGUCCAUCUGUACUGAUAACUGUUAAGAAGCACAGAAAAUAUUUUUGAUGCUUCAAGGUGACCAGAAGUGUGUUUAUUAUGUCUGUAUGACUGUAGCCCAAUGUUCAAGCAAAUUAUAUAGAUGCAUACUUUCCUGUUAUAAAAACAAAUAAACUAGCAUAAACAAA